AUGAAAUCGGACAACGAUUACGGCUUCCUGUGUCCUCCGAGCAAGGAGGAACAGGAACAAGAACCAGUCUACCGCGCACCCUCUUAUUACAAUCCUCUUCACACCUUUCAUCUUCCCGCCGGCCAAGGACGGCACUACAAGCAGCAAUAUGGCGACAUGUACUUUUUACGACUGGCCAAGUUGAAGCCCAGUGUGGAACAAGUUGCGACGGACGCUUGGGAUGGACUUAUUAUUGCCGGAGAGAAGGUUCGACGCGUCGAUCGAGUGCUCGAUGUGCGACAGGGCGAGCUCUGCUGGGUGGCCGGUACAGUGUACAUGGAUUUGCCAAUGAAGCCGAACAUUCUGGACGAUCUUACGAAAGAGAACUUCACCUCUGCGCCCCCUCCCCGCCGCACCUACACCGACCCUCUCGAUCCCUCUUUGACCCAGAUUAUGUUGGAGGAUGAGUCGGGUCGGCUAAGACUUACUGGAAACUUCCUACGGACGACACAGCUGGCGACAGGUGCCAUUAUUGCCGUUUUGGGUACCGAGAAUGCCAAUGGAGACUUUGAAGUCAUUGAUAUCAAGCUGCCCGACCUGGCACCGCAGCCUCAGCGAUGGGAGGGCACCUCACAAAGCGGGCCAGGCACCGAAAAGCAAAGCGGCAAGAUCGCAUUCAUCAGUGGAUUGGGCAUCACAGGAACAUCGAGCGACACACUUACCUUAGAGCUAUUGACGGAUUACCUUCUGGGCUACACCGGUUUCUCGGGUCACGACGAAAACAGUCCCUCGACAAGUUCCUCAAAAAUAACGCGCUUGAUUAUUGCCGGCAAUUCACUUGGAGCCAGCGUGACUACUGAAGCCGCAUCAGCUGGGUCUGACAAGGCAGCUAUUGCAAAAAAGGCCAUGCCAAAAAAGUACGGUUAUGACGCCUCCGCAUACAACGCGUCACCUAUCACACAGCUAGAUAACUUCCUAGCGGAGAUCUUGCCUAGCAUUCCGGUGACACUCAUGCCGGGUGAUAAGGAUCCUGCCAAUUUCUCUCUCCCUCAGCAGGGAAUCCAUCGCGCUAUGUUCCCCCAGGCUAGGGCGUACUCUGCGCCUCCACCCCGUGGUGAGGACAAGCCUGAAGCAGGCUGGUUUGACAGCGUCACCAACCCCUGGGAGGGAGAUGUUGAGGGAUGGCGAGUGUGGGGGUGUAGUGGGCAGAACGUUGACGAUGUACUCCGAUACCUCAACUUCGAGAGCACUGAGAUCAGCCUCGAAGGUGAGACAGAUGAUUCUGAGUCCCGGGUCCGAGUCAUGGAAGCCAUGCUUCGCUGGCGAUGCGGCGUUCCGACUGCGCCUGACACAAUCUGGUCAUAUCCAUUCCAGACGGAUGAUCCAUUCGUUCUGCAAACCUGCCCGCACAUUUUCUUCGCUGGUAAUCAGCCACAAUUCAGGACUGCCACGAUUCAAGGCGACGUCCCGCUCCGUUUAGACGGUGACACUGAUAUGAUGGAUGCCAAUGAUAAUUCUAAUGGCUCCCGUGUGCGACUGCUUGCUAUUCCCAAAUUCAGCGAGACGGGCGAGUUGAUACUAGUUGACACUGAGACAUUGGAGGUCGAGGUGAUCAAGUUCGGGGUUUUCAAGGGACACGAAGAACAAAAGUGA